UUGCUGCAGUAGAGAUAUACUGUAAUGGACGAAACUUUGCGAGACUCUGAGGAGGAGAUCUGGGCUUGUGGGGACGAAACAGAUGCAAAGCCUGACCGUAAAGCAAGAUUUCUGCUUUUUGGAGGCAAGAAGAACAAGGAUGAAAAGGUGUCGGAAAAGGAAUCGUCCUCUGAGUACCGCUACCGCAUCGUUUCUCCAAUGUGCCAAUAUAUAAGGAACCACAAGCGAGUAGGAAAAUGUGUCAUCAUCAACAAUAAGAACUUUAAUGAUGAUACAGGGAUGAAUGUACGUAAUGGCACAGAUCAAGAUGCAGGAGAACUGUUAAAAUGCUUUAAAAACCUUGGUUUUGAAGUUUGCAUCUACAAUGACCAGUCCUGUGAAAAAAUGACGAAGAUACUGAAAAAAGUGUCGGAAGAGGAUCACACCGACAGUUCCUGCUUUGCCUGCAUUUUGCUAAGCCAUGGAGAAGAGGGCAUGAUAUAUGGAACGGACGGGGCCAUGCCCAUCAAAGACAUUACCUUCCUCUUCAGAGGAGACAUGUGCAAGAGUCUUGUGGGCAAACCCAAGCUUUUCUUCAUCCAGGCCUGUCGAGGUUCAGAGUUUGAUGAUGGUAUACAGACUGACUCAGGAACACCUCAUGAUGUUCUAGAAACAGAUGCGAGCCCCAGACACAAAAUCCCAGUGGAGGCAGACUUCUUGUUUGCAUACUCCACUGUUCCAGGUUACUACUCAUGGAGGAACCCGGGCCGGGGCUCUUGGUUCAUCCAAGCUCUUUGUAACGUCCUCAACGAGUCUGGCAAACAACUGGAAAUCUUGCAGAUCCUCACACGUGUCAACUACAUGGUGGCAAACAACUUUGAGUCCUGGUCUGAAGAUUCACGCUUCAGUGAGAAGAAGCAGAUUCCCUGUGUUGUCUCUAUGCUGACCAAAGAGCUUUAUUUUAACUGAUAACUACACUACCACAGAGUUACUUAAAGGUCUUUGAUUUCUAUUUUUUUUUACUUACAUGUAUUUUAUUCUGUUUUCUUUUCUUUUUCUUUUUCAGUUUCAAGUAUGUUUGGUAGCACACAUUUUCACAUCACAGUCAAAGCUAGGCUGAUUUACUGACAGGAUGUGACCACGUGGUCUCAAUAUUCAGGGAUGAUCCAGACACAGCUACAGUUAGGGUUUGUGUGGGAUAGCAGUUUCUUUCUGACUUUAUUCUGGACGCUUAAUAGAUUCUUCAGAAGAGUGGAUCUUUAGUAGCAUGUUACUGUUCAUUAUUUAUCUCUUAUUUUUUGAACAUUAAUAUUGCUGUUCUUUGUCCACAGCGGUGUGAAAUAUUCAUGUUAGGUUUUGUGGAAUUUUAGCCUAUAUAAGCAUUUUCUAUUUCUUCUUUUAU